CGAGGGUAGGUCGACGAGUAGUGAGUAACAGUUUCAACGCCGCCUCGGCUGUUAGUUUAAACAUCUAAAUUUAGUCGUACGGGGACUGGUUUUCCGCGUUUUAAAAUCACAAUGAAAUUCAAACGGAAAUAGAAUCGGAUCGUUGCACUUUGAAUAUGCGUCGAUCGCGGGCCAUUUGACGCGAUUUGUACGUUCGAAAUGUUGGAUAAAUGGCCGACGAUCGCCCGUUUGGGCGGCCUUUUGCUCGGCCUACUCUUGGUUUGUCACAAAACGGUCACUUAUUUCGUGUUUUAUCCCUCUUUCAGAUUGCUAUUCGGUACUCUCUAUCCCGCUUAUGCUUCCUACAAGGCUGUGAGGACGAAGAACGUCAAGGAAUAUGUGAAAUGGAUGAUGUACUGGAUAGUAUUCGCCCUUUUCACGUGCGUGGAAACCUUCACCGAUGUCUUUUUGAGUUGGUUUCCUUUUUAUUAUGAAAUAAAAAUCGUCAUCGUCAUUUGGCUGCUGUCACCUGCCACAAAAGGCUCCAGCAUUUUAUACAGGAAAUUCGUCCAUCCGACGCUCAGUUCCAGGGAACAAGAAAUCGACGAUUACAUCAACAAAGCCAAGGAGCAAAGCUACAGGCAAGUCCUGGACAUCGGCUCCAAAGGCGUAUCGGCUCUCAUGCAAACGGCCAUCAAAUCGGUGACGCAGCUACCGGUGGCGCUGGCGUUGCUCAACCAGGACCAAUUGGGGCGGGCGGCGGCCGCCCCCAAGGAUCGCCCCGACGGCGCGGCGGCGGCGGAAACGACGGAGCUGUCGAGCGACGACGAGUCGGGGGGGCCGGGGGGGCCGCCGAUCGACGAGUACCUCGAUGAGCUGGUGCCCGAAGAGUCGAAGGCCCGGCAGAAGGGUCGCGGUAGAAGGCGCAAGGACGAGGCCAAGCCCGCCCAAGCGCAGGCGCGCAAAAGCGGCAGGAAAAUCAAGGCGGCCAAAUCGGAGACUGACAUUAAAUUCCAGGGAGGCGGCGGAUUGGUGAACCAGCUGCGCAAGAGCUACAGCCUGGGGGAUCUGACCGACGCCGGCGGGCUGGAGGAGGCCGGCGGCGGCGACGCCGCCCCGGCGCUCGCCCGCCGCCGCCGCAGCCCGCUGCGCUCCGCCUCCACGACGGCCGUGUACUUCGCGGAGGGGGCGGUGGCGGCGCCGCUCGCCCCCGGCGACGUCUCCUCGUCGGGAUACUCCAGCGGCGAGGGGCUGACGAGGCGCGGGGGCGGUGGAGGCGGUCAGCGCGCCGGAUCGCUCACCAGGUCGAAGUCCACGAGGGUGACGCGGUCCAAUGUGCCCAGGAAACCCGGCGCCGGCGAUGACCCCCAAUCGCUCCAUUAUACGUGCAUUUACAUCGUAAAAACCCCAUCCUUCGACUCCCUAUUCACUACAAAAUCCCAAGGAACGGACAUGCGCAGUAAAAAAAAAACCACCGCCAUUUUGUGUUCGAAGGACAUCGACGAACACGAUUCGACGAUCGUCUUCCACUCGUCGUCGAGCGAAGAGGCGGAAUUCUUCGACGCCGCCACCGACGCCGACGCCCAGGUACUAAACGCGACGCCGCCGGCGCCGCCCCGCGGCGGCCGGUACAACAAGCGCCGGGCGCCGCCGCCGCCGCCCGUCAGAGCGACGCUGGUGCUGAGGCCGGGCCGCCUCAGGACGCUGGACGCCGCCCGUAAGGAGGUCUUCCUGAGCCCGAGGGCGCCGCGACGGCGCUGCCUCUCGCGGCUCGAUCGUGUAAUGCACGGGGCGUCGCGCAGCGUCGAUGAUCUGAGCCGGGGGGCGGCGGGCGCGUCGCCGGCGGCGCUCAGAAGGCUGAUCGUGGUGGGGAAUUCGGAGGGGGCGGUCGCAGCGAUUGACGAUUAG